AUCCGGCUCUCCUCCUUCCGUUGCCGGGGCCGGCCGUCGCAGCUCGCGAGACUCCGAGGAGCCUUGCGACCUAAGGCUCGCGAGGCCUCUUCGGCUAAAGCUACCCUCUUUCCCCGAAAGGCCUCUCCGCUUCCCAAGAUUUCUACCCUUCCCUGCUGCCAAUGGGGAGACAACGGAGGCCAAUGCGGUCGAAGAAACGCGUCCAAGAAAAUCAAGAAUACAUCCCUCUGCUCAAACUAAAAAGGAAAAAGACUUCAUCACAGGCAGAUUUAGAUGAUGAAAUCCUUGAAGAGGAUGGUGCAAAUGAUGGCAGCUUUGUUGAUACGGAAGAAAAGGUUGCUUCUGCUGUCAUGGUAUCACUGCAAUCAUAUAAAGAAGCUUUGGCUAAUAAUGAUCCAUCAAAAGUUGCUGAGGUAGAGGCCUUUCUCCAGUUAAUUGAAGCAGAGAAGAAUUAUCUUGCAGCCAAAGUUGUUACUUUGACUGGAGAGUUGUCAAAAGAACAGGACCGCAUUCUUAGGAUCCGUGCGGACUUUGAUAAUUUUAGGAAAAGGAUGGAGAGAAAAAAUCUUUCUCUGAUGACAAAUUUGCAAGGAGAAGUUAUAGAGAGCUUGUUGCCUGUUUUAGACGAAUUUGAAAGUGCUAAAGCUGAGAUAAAGGUGGAUUCUGAAGGAGAAGAGAAAAUAAACAACAGUUAUCAGAGCAUCUAUAAACGGUUUCUGGAGAUUUUGAAUUCGUUAGGUGUUGAAGUUGUGGAAACUGUUGGCAAUCCAUAUGAUCAUUCGGAACAAUCUCUACAUUUCUUAUCCAUCAAUAUUGUUACUCUUCCUUUCCAACCUUUAUUUUGUUGUAAAAGCUCCAUGAGUUAAUAAUGCUUGAGGAAUCAACGGAGUUUGAAGAAGGCAUUAUAAUUCAAGAAGUUCAGAAGGGUUACAAACUUGGGGAAAGGCUCUUGUGUCCAUCGAUGGUGAAGGUAUCUGUAGGACCAGGCCCUGCAAAGCCUGGAAGAUAGAGGCUCACCAGCAGAUGAAGACAGUGCAGAAGCAAGUCAAGAAAGCUGUGAGGAAGGUGGAGAUUCUAAUUAGUAUGUAUAAUUGAUUUCUUUAGUUCAUGAAUCAAUUUUGUAAGCCCUCUUGUGGCUUUAGAAAUUCUGAAGCUUUUGACAUAUUGCUGCAAUAUACUUGCAACGUUCUCAGUAGUGCAACUACUGUUCUUGAAAGAGAGACCCCCACUGUCACUGUUACGAGGAAACUUGAGAUUUGGAUAUAGUGCUUUAUUUUUUAUUUUUUGUACAAUGUAUGCUUAGUCAGCCAGCCAAUUAGCGACUAAUGCUAUGUUGGCUACUUUUUCAAUAUAUCAAUAUGGGUGUUUUUUUUUUUUAUUCAAGCUCUUCCGACGUCUCCGUCAGAUUGAGAAUUCAAAUCCAUUCAAAUCUAAUUACAAAUACCACGAUCGGCCUGUAGCUCUUUUUUUACAUAGAUUAUAGAUUGGGUUCAUUCUGAUACUAUUUAUAACGAUAUAGAAUUUUAUCUAAAAUGCUAAUAUAAAAAAAUAUUAUUUAGAUUUUUUGAUUUUAUAUAAAUAUUUAAUAUUUAUUUAAAAAAUAGUUAAUAUAGAAUUAAAUAUACGUCAGUGCCACAUCAUUAUUAGAAUACAUGUUCGUGCGUGCAUUAGGUCAAUCUUGCAUAAUAUAAUUUCUGACGGACUUCAUAAUUAUGGAUGAGUGAUAUGAUAAAUAUUAUUCUGUUUUUGGCUGUUGCACUCCUUUUGCAUAUCCAGGAAAUUAAAUUUUUUAUAUAAAUUGGAGACGGAUGUGGAAAAUCCCACGGAGGGGUAGACCAAGGAGAAGACUGAAGGGAGAUCGUCUGGUCUCUUCGAUUCAAGAAUCCCACGGAGCCUUCAUGCACUCGGUUUAUGUGGAGAGGCUGGGAUGAUUCCGGGAUGAGGGUUUUGCUGCAUUGCAAAGUGGAAGACGGUAUUUCUAGCGGCAAGGUGAUCGUGGAUGCUCUGCUGCUAUUCUGCAGGCAGCGGAUGCAGCCGCCUAGGCUUACAGUUUCAGAUAGUUGAAGACUUACAACAUAAUGCUGGAUUAACUGGUGAAUCUGAGCCUCCUCCUUCCCUUCUUUGCUUUUACAAUUUCUAUUUUAUCGCACAAAGAUUUUUUUUUUUUGAAUAAUUUCUUCAGAUGAUUUAUAUCUGUGGUUCCUUAGGAAUUCAUACGAUUUGCAAGAUGGUGAAAGAUUAGGGUAGGGAUCUUGUACUGAUGGUCCCUAGGGUUUUGAGAAAAUUCUCAAUUUUCUUUUUGGUUGUAGAUUAGGAAUGGUUUGGUGGGGAUUAGGGUUUACUACAAUUCUUAAAGGUUUUGAAUCUACUCCCUUCCAGCCAGAUAUUCCCAAGGUUUUGGUCUUGCAGGGAUUCCUUUUUCCUCCCUUGCUGUCUAUUCUCUUCCUUCUUUUUUCGAGCAAUAAUAAGACAAAAUUCAACUUGAAAAAUCUCCAAUACUAUCCUCCAGUCCAAAGUCUGUAGCGUCCUGGUUCCAUCAGUGGGUUUCUCUAGCUGCUCUUCUAAUAUUGCUAGUUGCGGAGGGUUUUUGACAACUCCAAUUUCUUUAGCCUCUUUUACCAGGUGAUGCACGAGCAUAGAAAUUUCGCUGGAGCUGAUAUUAAUUAAGAAGAGUUGGGGGGAAGCGGAAUAAAAUGUAAACAUUGUAUUAUUUGAAUUUGGAAGGUUUGUUGUUCUACAGGCUACUUCUGCAGCCAAUUGGAGACCGGACGAGAUUUCUGGUAGAUGGGACCAACUAAGCCUUUCCUCUUUUUCAACUCCGUAGGUCAUUUUUUUUCUCAUACUUGAUAUUGUUUACUUUGAUAGUGAUGUAGUUGAUUGCGCUCAUGCGAGAGCAGUGUGAGCAGCCGAUGUACCAAAAAAUAAAAAAAAAUUGAUAUUGUUUACUUUGUUUGUUAAGCAUUAAAA